AUGGACAAUGAUGCCGGCAUGGUACAAGACUCACCACAACCAGCAGCAGCGGAUAACCCAUCAUCAUCAGAACAUCCAACAUCACCACCACCAGAAGCAGAGAACUCACCAUUAUUAGUUACAUCAUCACCACCAGCAGCAGAUAGCAGGCCGGGUGCAACUCUGGUGCUAAACUGGUUGUUCAUACAGCAGCAGCAGCACCGACUUGAUGAUGGCUCUCAUAAUGGCGUCAAGGUUCCUCGAGGGAUUGGGCGGAACCUUUCCACCAUGCACACUCUGGAUGUUGUUAACAUCAGCGCUGCCGCGAGGGCGUUCUGGAGGAGCUCAAGAACGUUACCCAACUGCACAAGCUUGGAGUGUCGGGCAUCAACCAGAACAAAACAACGCCGACAAGCUCUUUUCAGCCAUCGUCUCACGUCUCAACCAUGUGUGCAAUCCUUGUCACUGCACGUGCAGGGGCAGCUCAACGAAGCCAACUGCUUGGGGGGCUUCUCCGAGGAAACUAUCAAGAGCCUGCGGCUGGGGAGCCUCAAGUUGUACUUGGAUGACUGCAGGUUGCCAGUGUGGAUCAAGAACCUUUGGAAUCUCAGAAAAUUGAGAUUACAUAAGACUAAGUUAGCGCAAGAGGAGAUAUUCCUCCUUCCAAACCUACAUCGAGGAAAUCUAGCUAUGUCUUUUUCUGUCAGAGCUCCAAGAUGGUAUGCUCCAAUGCAAUUCUCGGUCCGCGCCGCGCACCUCGAGAUUUCUUGCAGCUCCAAGUUACAGGCUAAAAUAACAUUUGCCCACGGAAUGCAUCAUAUUAUUACGGUGCUGAGGAUUCGGUGCCCGCGCGUGUCGUCACUGCAGAUCCAUGGCCUGCGCCCUGCGGCAUCUAGAUGGUCUGAAGGAAGUCUGGCUCAGCGGGCCCUGUGA